UCUGCUUUUAUCGGUUCAUUGUUACUUCUCGUUACAUUUCAGAUACAGAAUGGCAUCCCAAGGCUGUCUUGGUCUCAUCAAAUAUUUCCUAUUCCUUUUCAAUCUCCUCUUUUCUUGUCUGGGUGCCCUCCUGCUGUCACUUGGGAUAUGGAUAGUCCUUGCUGAGACAAGCUUCUUCAUGCCUGCCCCUCCCUAUAUGUCUUUUUCUGUCUUCUCCUACUUUCUGGUCAUUGGUGGAAGUGCUACAAUGUCAUUGGGCUUCAUUGGGUGUCUGGGUGCAUUGAAGGAGGUGAAAUGCAUGUUAGGAAUGUAUUUCAUCCUGCUCACCAUCCUUCUUGCUGCUCAGAUUGUGGGAGCGGUUCUGCUCUUCACUCAGAGGACUUCAUUUGAGAGCAAAGUCGAAGAGCAUGUCCUUCAUCUCAUUGCAUCAUUUGGCAAGAAUGAUUCCAACUAUCAGAAUUUUGAAAAGACCCUGGACUACGUUCAGCAGGAGAUUCAUUGUUGUGGAUGGAUAGGACCAAACAACUGGGUGGAGGCACCAUGCUCCUGUUACCACCCCAUCAAUAACACCCAGAAUGCCUCAAUUUCUUCCGAAAUGUGUGACUGCAAUGCCAUCCUGUCUCUUUCAAAUUACACAAUGUGUGACAUCUAUCAAACGGGGUGCAGAGAGAAUAUUAGAGAGUGGUUGGACGAGAAUAUGCUCAUAACUUUUGGCGUGUUACUUGCUGUGAUGACGGUGGAGGUCAGGGGUGACAGACGGGGUCUACAUCAUGCGGCGGUGUUUCCCUCUGCUGGACAUGCCAGGUCUCGACGGGUCCUCCGUCCAGGACUAAUUGGGGCUGAUUGAGGCUGGUGUGUAAUCAAGGGGCUGAUUGAUCACCAGCCGUACGGGUUCUAUAAAGUUGCCAGGAGGGAAGCACACGGGAGGGUUGGAGGUAGUGAGAGGUUGCUACCGGAUAAAUGUCCUCACUGUCUGCUAGAACCGAGGAGCUUUGUGUUCUAUCCCAGAGGAGACAGCAUUCCCCGGAGCCCAGAAGGCGGCAACCCAACUCCUGGAGGAGACCUGUUUCUUUUCUUUUUCUUACUGGUUUUAAAUAAACACCCUUGAAACUGAGGUAUCACACUUGUGUCCGUGUCUGAUCUGUGUAAACGUCUGGAUCAAACCCCCUGGUCUGCCACAGAGGCAACGAAUAAAAAACUAGGCAUAUCCAAAGGGCGUGCACAUAGAUUAGAUGAACAAAAGCAGGAAUUGGCUAUUGUACUAGAAAAGACUCAACACCUAAACCAGGAAUUAGAGGGAGCCCUUGAGGUUAGACAAAAACAAAUAUAACAACUCAUGGUUGCGCUUCAACAGUAUCAAAAUACUUGUGGAGGAGUAUAUGCAAUUGCCACUCCUCCGCCAUUCGCCCCAUGCUAUAAGGUGAAACAGAUCACAUCUGGUGGGCCACCAUUAUACUACUCUCUAAAAGAAGAAAAAGAGUGAUAUGUGUUGCGAGAGGCAGAGGACAGGCACAUUACCAGUCCGGAUAUAAUAAUAAUAAUGGAUAUAGUAAUCCCAGACUGGAUAGUGGAUCAACAUGAUCCAGGUGAUCAUAGAGAUGUGCGCCCAGUACGAACACACGCAACUCCGGUUACAUAUUAUCCAGGACAAAUAGUACCAGGGGAGGACAACCCUAUUCCUGAUGACGGCAUCCCCAAGUAUGAAUCCCAAUUCAGUAUCACCAUCAGCCACUGAGCGUGAGCGAAAUGCGUAAUAUUAUGAAAGAGGCACCAGAUCCAGUAAGGGAGGGACAGGAAUUUAUCAGUUUCCUGAGGAAACAGGGUAGAAUUUUUGGGUUCAAUGCUGGUGAUUACGAUCAUAUUGUACCCUCGAUUUUGCCAAGGGCCUUGUUGCCAACACUCGCACAGGGAUAUCGAACGUUUGCUUGGUCCUCGGGACUGAAGCGUGUGACCCAGCAACAACAAAUGACGAAAUUGAGGGAUUCUUAACUACAGUUGGGAAUGUGUUGUUUUGACCGGAUGCAUGUAAAAUUGGUAACUGUACUCAGGGUCCGAAAGAAGGAAUACGCGAUUAUGUGGAUCAGAUGGAUGAUGCGUUAUGUGCUAAUCUGACAAUGGGGGAUAGAUACGAUCAAAAUGCAGGAAUUUGAACGUCUGCUUUGAUGGCAGGAUUGAAAGCUGUUAUCAAAACGGCUAUUGCGGGGGUAGUGGACCAACAUUCUCACUGGGAUUAAAUAGUACAGGCGGCAUUGAGAGUGGAAUCUCCGCUCACUUCGCAGCCUUGCGUGUGACAGCCACAGUUACAGACUCAGUCAGGGACAGAGAAGACACUUGCCAGUUGGUCAGCGGCU